GAUAAAUAAGAAAUAAUAAAAAAAAAAAAGCUGCAAGCAGAAUAGGGUGGUAUUUGUGAGUAUCAGAAGAAAAUUAAAAAAAAAAAAAUAGAAAAGGCUUAAAAGUGAGAGAAAAAUCUGGCGUUCAUGUUAGGUUGGUUUGCAUGGAAGCAGAAGAGAAAAACAGGAAGAGGAAACUAGAACUUGAUUGGAACAAGUUACUCUCAAGCCAAGCAGGGGAUGAAGGCCCACCGCCGCACUUAGUGGUUAUCAAUACUGAGCCACAACCACCGCCGAUGAAAUCCGACGAAAUGGGCCACGGCGGCGACGAUCAAAGCAAAGAGGAAUUUUGGGAAAACUGGUCUGAUCACAAGCUGGAAGAGAGGAUUCAACGGCAGCAGCGGAAUCUGGAACGCCUUGGCUCUAAAUUGCCGGAUAAAGGCAAGAAGAUUAGGGAUCAACUUGAGCUCCUUGAGGAGGAGAGAAGACGGAGAACGCUUUCGCGAGCGAAAAUGGAUGCUGAUGGAUGUGAGAACCCUGCACAAUCUCCAAGCUCAGAUAUUGUUGAUUCUACUAACGUCUUUGGACAACAGAGUAAAUCAAAGCAAGCUUUCUCACAGUCUACAUUCAGUGAUAGCUUUUGCAAAAAGAUGGAAGAAAAUACAGAUUGUAGGAUAGUCAACAUAUCUGACAAAGAUUUAAAAAUUUUGAAUCGUUGUGAACGCCGGAACGCCAGAUGCAAUGGGGAGUUUUCACAGAGGGAAAGGCAGAAAGUUCGGGUAUCACCAAGACGGAUGAAUUCACAACUCCAUAGGAAGCCUUCUUUUGGUGAUCAAAAGGGUAGGACAGCUUCAGUGCAUUCUCUUCAUGACACGGAUGAUGACUUGCCAAGCAUUGCAAAGAAGAAUGCUUUUCAAGUGCGAUCAAAUGAUUCAAGGGUUAGGAGGGGCCAGACCGUUGUUCUUGUAGAUGAGGAAGAACCACAGCUAGUAAAGACAACAGAGCUUGAAGUUAAACUUCCAAAUUUCAAAAAGGAUGCUAGGAUCUAUUACCCAUCAAGGGAUGAUCCAGAAUCUGUUGAAAUUUGUUUUGGGGAUAUUGACAGCCUUGCUCCUGAAACCUUCUUGACAUCACAAAUUAUGAACUUUUACAUCCGAUAUUUACAGCAGCAGGCAUCCCCAACAAAUAGGGCAAUAUGUGACUAUCAUUUUUUUAACACGUAUUUUUACCAGAAGCUGAAAGAUGCUGUAUCAUACAAGGGAAGUGACAAAGAUUUAUUCAUCAAGUUCAGAAGUUGGUGGAAAGGUGUCAAUAUUUUCCAGAAAGCAUAUGUACUUAUUCCAAUUAAUGAAGAUUACCAUUGGAGUUUGAUCAUCAUUUGUAUACCUGACAAAGAAGAUGAAUCAGGACUGAUUAUCCUUCAUUUGGAUUCAUUGGGACUUCAUUCUAGCAGAUCAGUUUUUAAGAACAUUAAAAGCUACAUGAGGGAAGAACGGAACUAUUUGAAUCAACAGGUUGCUCCUUCAGAUCUUCCAAUUGCAGACAAAAUAUGGGAAAAUCUCCCACGUAGGAUUGAUGAGAGAACAAUAGAUGUUCCCCAGCAAAAGAAUGAUUAUGAUUGUGGUCUAUUUGUUCUUUUCUUCAUGGAGCGCUUCAUUGAAGAGGCCCCUGAAAGACUGAAAAAGAAAGAUUUAGCAAUGUUUGGCAAGCAGUGGUUCAGACCUGAAGAAGCCUCUGGCUUGAGAGUGAAAAUACGGAAUUUACUUAUAGAACAAUUUCGAAGUGCAAGUGAGGAUAUUGGUGCUCCACAAUCUUCUCCUUUAUCUUGACUCUGUUAAAGGUGGUGCUCCAGCAUGAAUCUGGUGCCAAAAAUGACACACCAGUGGAUUGAGUGCCAUCUGUGUAUAGCUUGCAUAGUUAUGGUCCUCACUUCAAAUGUAACAAUUGCAAAGCAGAUACUGUAAAAAUUUUGAAAUUGUUUUUGUAUAGUUUGAAGGAAAAAUUAAAAAAAAAAAAAAAGGAAGAAAUCUCCCAAUGAUGCCAUUGUCAUUAUGAAAGAUUAAAAGAGUGAAAGUGAAGGCUAGGAUCCAACCUGACAAGUUUUCAAUACACAGGAGGAAAAAGUCUCAAGGCUGGUGGUGGUUUUAAGGCUUUCUAUCAGCAUUUGUAUUAGAGCUCUUUUCCAACUCACUUUUGUGGGCAGUUGGCAGGCAACUAGGUUUCUGAUAUCAAGGAAUUUUAGUAUACUGUUAUGAAAGCGGUAAGCAAGUGAAAAAGAAUGUAUGGACCAAUCUUAAAUGGAAGUAAUUUUAUGAUUUUAUUUUGAUUAUAGGCAUGUUUGUUUACGAGGAGAAACGGUUUGCCAUGGCUCAUAUUGAACCAACUAAUUGAGCCCCUUUUUUUUUUUUAUUUUUUUGAUUGUUUUUUAUAAACAGAGAUUACUAUUCAAGAGCUGAUUUUUAGUCACCCUUGAUCUCAAGCAAAAAGGUAGGUGAAAGGUGAAAAAUCAUAUACUUAAGGUAACAAAAAGGGGGAGACUCGGUACUUUUUGAGCUCUCUUUCCAUUUAAGCUUUUUUAACACACUUUACUAUUUUAAUCUUCUUUACUUUUUAAUUUUACCUUAAGUAUUAUAUUGACUCGAGCGUUGAAACGUGUCUUGGAGUAACGACUUUACGUGUCUUGGAGUAACGACUUU